AUGCUGGACACGGUAACGCCAAGCCCCGGAGGUCAGCCAAAAUGUUCACCUCUGUUCUGUUCUCACACAUACACCUACACUCUAAACGCGCCAACCGACGAUCAUAACCAAGUAACGCGACUCCAGAGAAACUCGCCAUUGAUGACUGAUUUGCUAUCGUCAUUGCAAGUUAUUCUGCGCUUCUCACGUGUCGCUCGACCAAAGCACCCAAGCACACCUACAAACAUGUGUUUGGGCGGAUUUGCGCCUUGGUCGAUGGCUCUCACCAUGAACAGCCACGAUCGAACUCUUUCCAAUGGCGAAGGAAAGCAUCAGCUACCUUCUAAGCCAGCACUCGUCAAGAACAACAGUCGUUUGUUAAACAAGACAACCAAGAAGGUGGCUUUCAUGCCCACUCUCCAAGACAUUCAUGAUAGCUUUUCUCGCAAGGAGGCCAGAGCCAGCCUGUCUUCCCUGUCAGACCGGGCCACCAUGGGAACUGGUGAUUUCGACUACGAGACUGCCAGCUCUUGUCUUGAGAACAUCUCUCUUCUCGCCGAAGCUGGUAGCUCAAGGUGUGGUUCUUCCAUCAACUAUGUCUCGCCUGUUCGAUCAUUCAAGCAAUCUAACGCUUCGCAUGUGCGCAACGUCUCUAACACCGCUGUGUCUGGUGAUGAGACCUCGACUUCUGCUGGAAAAAAGCCACACUCAUGGGCUUCUCAAGCAUCUGGAUCUCGCACCGGCUCUGCGCUCUCUUACCAAGUCAGCUCCCUCGACCUUUCGACUACGACCCGAAACUCCUCUUUUCGUCACACAUCUGCCGGCAACAUCUUUAUGACCCAUGGCUCUGAUCACGUCGACACACCUGCUCGCCCUUCGCAAGCGGAUAGGGUCAGCGACAGCGAAGCCGUUGUUGAGCGUCUCGCUUGGCCUCUCAGUCACCGAAAGAGUUAUGUUCAGUCGAACAGCCGUGCAUCUCACCAUCAGAGCCAGACUGCUGCAGACCUCCACAGGGGGUAUGUCAACGAACCCAUGCCUGCUGGUCCCAACACCCGCUCUACUGGUUGUAAUGACGCCGACCCCCUUGUCCCUCGACCAGCAGACGCUUCAGCUCAGGCUAUCGGACCUGAUCGAUGUGCUAAGCAGCACGAAUGUUCCAUUGGCGUGCUCAGCGCAUUUGAAGAGAAGUUCCUGAGCUAUGAGGACAAGCAAGCAAUCCUUGAGGGCGGCUGCCAUGGUCUUUGCGUUCUCCAAACCACCUUUCUCGACGAUAAUUCUUCCGCCAACAAACCAUCAAGAGUCAGCAGCAUCAAGCUAUCACCUCCUGCCAGAGGUCCUUCUGAUCGUCCUGCUCGUUUCAUCUCUCCCAUGCCUUCAAACACCAUGCCGAACGGUCAUCGUGGCGAAAGCUCUACUCUGCCCCGUUUCUCACACCGUCGGGUCGCUGCCGAGUACAAGAGACCUCGAUCACCCCUUGCUCUCGUCGAGCACCCGUCUCGCAAGCCAGCUCGUCACUCAGGCAUUUCACUUGCUCAGCUUUGCCCUCUGGAGCAGACUGAUUGUCUAUCACCUAUUAACACAGUCUGGGACAGCAACGACGAGCCGAUCUAUCCAUCUUCGCUUCCUCGCAACCAGGGGCUGUUCUAUGCCUGGUACCGCCCCAAACAAAAGCUCAAGAGGCAGAGCAAGCACGAUGAUCUAAGACAAGAAUGUGAAAGCCGAGAUCAGCUCGCAAAGGAGGAUGGCGAGGCUGUCCAAGUGAAGGAGAAGGGUUUUGUGAUUCGCGAAUUUUCCAGACGUCUGCGCGCUUUGUUCUGA